GGUCGCGCUGCAGUCACGUGCGCGCGUCUGUUUAGUUUCACUUCCGCACUCCGCUCCUGCCUUUAGCCCGUUAGCCUCUUGGAUACCACUUCACGCAAUUUGAGGAAAAGCGCGUUAUUUUAAAUCCAGGAUAGGAAAAGCGUGUAAUUAACGACGUUCAUUAAAAAAAAACGAGUACACGCAUGCGUACUUUAUUUUAUUUACGUAGCAGAAUAGCAGCUUUAUUGCUUCCUUAAGUCAACCAGGAAGCGACGUUAGCGCGACGAAGCUCACAACACAACGGGCUACAUGUUUAAACAUCUGUUAAAGUAACAAAGAAGUACUUAUUUAUUGUAGAAGAAGUCAUGAAGGUGGUCAACGGUCACGGUGGAGGGUCCUUCCUGGUGUGGACCCUGGUGGUUCAGCUGGUCCUGUGUGGGAGUGGGGUCUACACCACUGACAGCACCAAAAGCUGUACAUUGUUAAAGGAGUCGGACUCAGAACGCAAAGUCCUCAAUCGACUUGAGCCACUUGCCCAUAAGAACUUUACAGCAGAGACCAAGAUUGGAACUGAGAGUUACAGAUAUGUGUUCCAGCUGUGUGGAGAUGCAGGAGGUGUUCCCGGAGCCGGGGUUAUUCAGUACGAAAGCAAGAAAACUAAACCAACAGUGAUUGGCAUGUAUAAUGCAACGCAGGCCAUUGGAGGAAGUGAUUGGGUGAUGUUGAUCUACACAAAUGGCGACAGCUAUGAUGCCCACUGUUCCAAGGAAACGAGAAAAGCCAUGAUCAUGAUCUCUUGCAACAAGAAAGUGGAUAUGGGCCAGAUGAACGUGGUGGUGGAGGACAGGGAGAGGGGGCAGGACUGUUUCUACCUGUUUGAGCUGGACUCCAGUGCUAUGUGUGAAGUCCUUGACUCCCGGAUCAGCGCUGGCUCCAUAAUACUCAUCAUUGGUUUCUGUCUUCUGGCUGUUUAUCUCAUUGGCGGUUUCCUCUACCAACGACUGAUCGUUGGAGCCAAAGGGAUGGAGCAAUUCCCAAAUUAUGCCUUUUGGGUGGAAGUUGGCAAUCUGACAGCGGAUGGAUGUGACUUUGUGUGUCGGUCACAAAAUCGUGAGGAUGCCCGGGCUUACAGGGGAGUGGCCACAGAACCAAAAGAAGAAGAGCCAGAGGAGAGAGAUGACCACUUACUACCUAUGUAACCUCAAUACAUCAGAAAUGGGACAGAAAUGUUCACUGUGUGACACAGUUUACUCUUUCACAAGCGGCUGGUUGCUGUUAAACACAAGUCUUGUUUUUCCUGUGCUGGUUUAGUGUAUUCCAGACUUGUGCCUAGAGCAACGACUGUGUGAUCUGCUCGUCUCUUACGGGCAUGUUACUCACAGGGCUAACAGACCGGUCUCCUCUUCCUACCCCACGCAUAUCAUUCAGCUGUUUGAUGUCAAACAAAUGAGUGAUUUAUCCGAUAUUACAAAGUGACAAUAAAGAGUUGGCUUUUCUUUCAUGGAAAUCUGGCACAAAAGGGAGAAGUUAGGAUUUUGGAUUUCAACCUGAUUCAUAUUGCUCAUCUUUUUUUCUGCUAGCUAGAUGGUUGUUUGAAGUUGUUGCAGAAAUCUUUUUUUUUUCCUGGGUCCUGGUUGUGCACUGACAGUUGCAGGUUACAAAACACACAAGUGCUUUUGCUUGUGUAAUUUGGCUUUAAUCCGUUUGUUUUUUGUGUUUUUGAAAGUAAUAUGAGAAUGUCAAUGGAUAAUUAUUAGUUAUGUGACUGUACUUACUGCCUUGCUACACAAAUAGAAAUAGCUAUUGCAUUUUUGACUUGGCAUUUUCCUUUCUCACACUUCAUGGGGAAGAAAAAUAAUGCUUUCCGAAUUAAAUCUGAUCUCAACAGUUAUAUAUUACAUGUUUAUCUGAAUGGUCAACAAUGCUGUUAAAUUAAUGUGCUGAACAUACAAAUGUGGUGUCUGAAGCAAAGCAUCCAACUAAAAUUCACAGUAUUAUGCUAUUCAAAAUUCAUGAUAUAUAGGGUAUGUAUAUCCAUAGAAUACAUUGACAUUCACAGCAAAAGACUAAUAUUCAUGAUGACAAAACUAUUUAAUAAUGAAUAUUAUAGUGGGUAAACUCUGGUCUGGAUGGCUACAUUAUACAACGAACCCGAUCACUAGACACACACACACACAGUCGACUGUCUUCUGACAUAAUAUUCAAACCACUUCAUGCCUAAUGCUUUGCUUUUUUAGGAGGAUAGUGCUGCAAGGAAAUAACUUAAUUUUCUAUACACCUAUGUCAAUAUAGUUUGGUAUUAAAAAUGUUACAGCUCUAAGGGUAUAUAUAAUGAAGGUAGUCAUAUGUUUAGAAAUUUCAAUUGAAUAAUUGGAUUUUUUAACUGUGAUGGCAAAAAGAUCUUCAGGACACUCAGUUGCGGAUUAAGUUACGAUAUUAUAGUCAGUGUGAGCACUUGUGUUUGUUUCCAUCUUUGCUUUUUGUGUUUAUUAAGAAUCAUUCUCUAGAUUAAUAUACAGUGAUAACUUGUUUCUUUCAAGGAGGAUUUCAAGCCACAAAUGUGUUUGUUUCUUUUCUGAUUCCAUAAACAAAUAAAAUAUGAAAAUAG